UGUGAUUACGUUCAUAUAAGAUCUCAGUUUAUCAAAAGCGAACAUUCAUUUACACCAGCUACUCCCCAGCAGUAUCUCCUUCAGGUUUGUCUAGUCAUACGGUGUUACCAUUACAGGGGAAUGGAAGCUCAUCUGAGGAUUAUCAUGUUGGGUAAGACAGGAGUUGGGAAGAGCAGCACAGCCAACACCAUUCUGGGUGAGAACCUGUUCACAACGUCAUGUCUUGCAAACUCUGAUACCGCUACAUGUAAGGCUGCAACCAACACUGUUGAUGGGAGGAAAAUUACUGUGGUUGACACACCAGGGUGUUUUUCUACUGAGUGCCCUGAUGAAAAGCUAAAACCUGAAAUAACCAGGUGCAUCGUAGAGUGUUCCCCUGGACCACACGCUUUUCUUAUCGUGCUGCCUGUGAGGAGAUACACAGAAGAGGAGAAGAAAGCAGUGGAUGAGAUUGUGAAAAUGUUUGGGAAGGAGGCUCUGAAAUACGCUGUUGUCCUGUUUACCAAUGGAGCCCAACUUGACAACAAUGUGACCAUCCGCAAGUUUGUGGAUGAAAAUGACCACCUGAAAACACUUGUCCAAAAGUGUGGAAACCGGUUUCAUGUCAUAGAUAACAAACACUGGAGCAAUCCAACUGAAGGCCCCGAUGAUGAGAGAAGCAACGCUGUUCAAAUCAAAAAGCUACUGAAUACGAUUGAUCAGAUGGUGAAACAGAAUGGAGGAAAGCACUAUACUAAUGAGAUGCUCCAAGCUGUGGCACAGGCCAUUGAAGAGGAAAUGGCAGAGGGAAAAACAAGAGUAAAGGCAAAAGAGAGUGUAAUGAUCCUGUUAGCAGGCGUAACAGCAGGAACUCUGUGUGGUGCAUUGCUGGGUACUGCUGCAGGAUCAGCUGUAAUUAAUAUAGCAAAAGCGAUUAAAUCAGGUGAUACUGAAGCUAUAGCAUUAGCCGGAGUGCAAACAGUAACUAUGCUAACAUCACAGUUAGGGAAGAAAUUGGCAGUGGGACCUGGACUUGCAGAAGGACUAAGUGUCGGUGCGGGUGCGAUUGCAGGGGGGAUAAUUGGGGCAAGCGCAGUAAGUGAAGCAGAGACUGUAGAAGAAGGCGUAAAGAGAGCCAUAUCUGCUGUAACAGGCGCAGCAAAAGGGGGAAGGUCAGGUGAUCUGCGGAUUGUCCUGUUGGGUAAAACAGGAGCUGGGAAGAGCAGCACAGCCAACAGCAUUCUGGGCAAGAACCUGCUCAGAACAUCAUGUCGUGCAAACUCUGAUACAGCUACAUGUGAGGCUGCAACCAACACUGUUGAUGGGAGGAAAAUCACUGUGGUUGACACACCAGGGUAUUUUUCUACUGAGUGCACUGAUGAAAAUCUGAAACCUGAAAUAUCCAAGUGCAUCGUAGAGUGUUCUCCUGGACCUCACGCCUUUCUUAUCAUGCUGCCUGUGACGAGAUACACAGAGGAGGAGAAUAAAACAGUGGCAGAGAUUCUGAAAAUGUUUGGGGAGGAGGCUCUGAAGUACGCUGUUGUCCUGUUUACCCACGGAGACCAGCUUGACGACGGCAUGACCAUCCAGCAGUUUGUGGAUUCAAAUGACCACCUAAAAACACUUGUCCAAAAGUGUGGAAACCGGCUUCAUGUCAUCGAUAACAAAUACUGGAAGAAUCCCUCUGAAGGCCACGAUGAUGAGAGAUGCAACGCUGUUCAAAUCAAAAAGCUGCUGAGCACAAUUGAUGAGAUGGUGCAACAGAAUGGAGGAAAGCACUAUACUAAUGAGAUGCUCCAGGCUGUGGAACAAGCCAUUAAAGAGGAAAUGGCAGAGGGAAAAACAAGAGAAAAGGCAAAACAGAGUGUAAUGAAAAUGAUUUUAAUCGUGAUAGCCAAAAUAUCAAGGUGA